GGGAGGGGGGGGGAGGGGUAGGGACGCGCCGUUCUGUGUGAACGAGAGAGUGAGGUUAGCUGUGUGUGCCGUGCGCGCUUUCUCUCUCUCGUGCGCACCAAUUUGUUGCUCCGUCUCGCUCUCAUCGUACACGCGCGCGCGUACGCACGCACGCAUCGCCGUCGUAUUUUCCGUGUUCUCGCGCGCGUGCUUGCUAGCUAACUCGCUUGCUCGUUCGUACGUUCGCUCUCGUCCGCCUGUCCGUCCGCUCACUCAUUCACUCACUCACUCACUCACUCGCUCGCUCGUCCGUCCGCCCGCCCGUCCGUUCGCCCGCCCGCCGCUCGCCUGCCCGUCCGUCGGCUGGCGCGCGCGCGCGCGUUAACGGAAUUCGCGAUCAGGCACGCAGGGACCACCGACUAAUGUUUAAAUGGACGCAUCGUCCAUCAUCACCCAAGUGUCGCGGGAUGACGAGAUAUGCGCGUUCAACAGCGAGAAAGCUCAAUUGCCAGGAGAAAAUGAAGCAGCCAGCAACAGUUCACCUAGUGGCAAGAGGUCGAGGGAGAGGAAUCGCGGCUUCCUGCGUUCUCUACUUUGCUGCCUUGGAAGAGGUCGAGGUGGCAGUUCGAGGAGUUCCAAGGCCAGUUCUCUACAGGGAGAUGGUCGAGGCUCACCGCCACCGGGUACCGGAUCCCCGAGGUUCCUGCUACCGCCGGUCAGGCAUCAGGACAUGCACAAAAAGUGCAUGGUAAUCGACUUGGACGAGACUCUGGUGCAUAGUUCUUUCAAGCCGAUCAACAAUGCGGACUUUGUUGUUCCUGUAGAGAUUGACGGAACAGUACACCAAGUGUACGUCUUAAAGAGGCCUUAUGUGGACGAGUUUUUGCAAAGAAUGGGUGAAUUAUACGAAUGUGUAUUGUUCACUGCAAGCUUGGCCAAGUACGCAGAUCCAGUGGCAGAUCUAUUAGAUCGAUGGGGCGUAUUCAGAGCGAGAUUAUUCAGAGAAUCCUGCGUGUUCCACAGAGGGAAUUAUGUUAAGGAUUUAAACAAGUUAGGCCGAGAUUUGCAACAGAUCAUUAUUGUAGAUAAUAGUCCUGCCAGCUACAUUUUUCAUCCAGAUAACGCGGUUCCAGUGGCGUCUUGGUUCGACGACAUGACGGAUUCCGAGCUAUUGGACCUGAUACCUUUCUUUGAGAAACUAAGCAACGUGGAGAAUAUCUACACGGUGCUGUGCAACAGCAAUCAUCCGUACAACCAGGUGGCAACCGCGCAAACCGUGCCGAGUAAUCAGAGCCCGCCGGGAUCAGGUUCGCUGGCUGCUUCCUAGCCCCGCCUGAAUCCUGGCAACGCAGCCAGUCUUGUCGCUCAAUGCACCUUCCGGAGGAUCCUGAGAGGGCUGCUUCACGUGACCCACUACUCGCUGUGCGGCCAAGGACCACCUCGAAGCGUCCCUCGUUGACCAGCGGGGUCUUAUACCUUAAACGUCAUCAAUACCACAGCUGCUGGUGUAUCCCUCUUCCUGGCGAGCAACGCGACGAAGAUUGUUUCGAAGCGCGAGUGUUCUUCCAUUUUGCGAGGACGACCAACUGUUGUGCCGAUCUUGUCCAGGGUGAGAAACACGUGCGUUCGGGAAGUAAGCGAAGGAGUCGGGCAGAAGUUACUUGUGACGAUCGGUCGCGAGAAAGAAGAAGACAAUGAUAUUGACUAGGAGACUAUAGCGGCUUACGGGUGCGAAGGUAUAUGAAACAAAGUGAGUGAGAGAGAGGAGAGAAGAAUCGCUCCGAGUCGUUUGAUGGGCCAUGUUGUGUUGUUGCCGUCGUUCAGUUCGAGCCAAAACGUUGCAAAGCUUUGUUCGACUAGUAAGAAGAUAUCAACGUUCUGAGGCCCCACGUUUUUAAAUGCUUCGGAUACAACUUGUAGGAUACGUCGAAAAGGGAGGGUAACAGUAGCAGGUAGAAUGUGCAAGGGAAUAUUUUAACUUCAACUUAUUUUCAACUCUAAUAUUUCAAAAUUUAUCAUGAUUUCAAAUUUAGCCUUAAACGUUAUGGAUCUUUGAAUGCGUGGCCGAAAUCAUACACAGAUAUUAAUAUCUAAUAUUUGAGAAUAACAUACGUACAGAAAGUUGCAAAGACCUCUAAAAUUUUGUAGAUUAAAAUACAAUAGCACAGAAACAAUAAAAAAUUAUCCUUAAAAUAAAAGCUGGUAUGUCGAAAGUUUUGCGAUACUCGAGAGUUUGAAAGGUACAGAUAUCAAUCUUUCAAGGUACAAUAUCAAGGUACAGAUAUCAAUGUAUCAACUAUACAGAUAUCAUAAUAAAAUAGAUAUGAACAAGAUAUAUUGUAACUUUAAGGUUUAAAAAAGCUCAAGCUUUUAACAAAGUUGUCAGAGCUAUUUCUCGACACUGCCGAUCGUUGAGGAACAAUGAUUUCACACAUAUUCGAUUAAAUAAGCUUUCACGUCCGCAUAUUUACUGAGCAUGGCAUAAUACAUUUUUCACAGACAUGUAAAGUAAAUGAAUAAUUUCUUAAACACAACUUCCGCUUGAUUUCGAUAAAACAACAACUUGGAAAAUAUUCUCAAAGUCUGUUAUCAUGCAAAAAUAGGUAUCUUAAGGUCUACGCAUCCAAGAAAUCAUAAUAUUUUCAUUAAAUAAAGUAUUAACAGAGGGAAAUUUGGGUAACUCGAAGUUUCUUCGUAAUAUCCAUUUGCAAAAUAUGUUCAGUAAAAUCAUGUCUUUCGGGAAAAUCGAGUAAUCGAGCUAAGCAUUUUAUUGAUAUUGCAUUUUAGUAAUAUAUUAUGUAUCCCUGCUGCUGGUACGCCUUUUGCUGGACAUUCUGUGCGUAGCAUUUAAAACGCGGCGACAUUUAACUUUUGUGGGGUAUAUUCUACCAUAUUUCUUAUCAUCAACCCUCCCCUCUGACGUCUAUAAAUAUCUGUUUUUAUUUCAUUUAUCAAAUUUCGCAUUGUUAAAUAUAAAAUCAUACUCCUUUUUUUUUUUUUUUGGAAAUAU